AAGAAAAAACCUCCUAAAACCCUAAUUAACAAGUUUGUCUUUUGUCUGCAUUAUUAUUUAUUAUUUUAUGUUUAAAAAUUCUUAGACAGGCACCAUUACAAUCUAAAGAAGAGCUCACUAUAGUAUAGACAGAAAAAAAGAGAAAAACAUGGCAGUAUCUUCGUCAUCUUCUUCACUGAAUCUUGCAUUUCAUGGCUCCAAAGGAGAUGUGUUUUUGCAGAGUCACAAACUAUCCUCUAUCAAGAAAUCACCAGCUUUAUUCCAAAAGUUAGGUGCAAAGAGGAGUGAGCUCCAAGGUGAUGCAUUUCUGGGCAGUAAACGAAUUAUUCUUCGAACUUGUCGAAAUAAAGCCGUUCAAGCAGUUUUAUCCAGCGAUAGAGAAGUAGAAUUUUCAGAAGCUACAAAGAAUGAAGGGUUACGGGGCAAAUUAAAUAAGGUUGUUUUAGCCUAUAGUGGUGGCUUAGACACCUCUGUCAUUGUUCCAUGGCUAAGGGAGAAUUAUGGUUGUGAGGUUGUCUGCUUCACUGCGGAUGUUGGUCAGGGACUAAAAGAGUUGGAAGGCUUGGAGGAAAAGGCCAAGGCAAGUGGGGCUUGUCAGUUGGUGGUUAAGGACUUGCAGGAAGAAUUUGUGAGAGAUUAUAUUUUUCCUUGCUUGCGAGCUGGUGCGAUCUAUGAAAGGAAAUACUUGCUGGGUACCUCAAUGGCACGUCCUGUUAUUGCUAAGGCCAUGGUGGAUGUUGCCAAAGAAGUGGGAGCAGAUGCUGUUGCUCAUGGAUGCACAGGAAAAGGAAAUGAUCAGGUUCGCUUUGAACUGACCUUCUUUGCACUAAAUCCUGAACUGAAUGUUGUGGCUCCUUGGCGAGAAUGGGAUAUCAAGGGGAGGGAAGAUGCCAUUGAAUAUGCCAAGAAACAUAAUGUGCCUGUCCCUGUGACAAAGAAAUCUAUAUACAGCAGAGACCGGAACUUGUGGCACCUGAGCCAUGAGGGUGACAUCUUAGAAGACCCGGCCAAUGAGCCGAAGAAAGAUAUGUACAUGAUGAGUGUUGAUCCAGAAAAUGCACCUAACCAGCCCGAAUAUGUAGAAAUUGGGAUAGUGUCAGGCCUCCCUGUUUCAGUUAAUGGGAAGCAGCUUUCCCCAGCUUCUCUUCUCUCUCAUCUUAAUGAGAUUGGUGGGAGACAUGGUAUUGGUCGUAUUGACAUGGUUGAGAACCGACUUGUUGGUAUGAAAAGCCGUGGGGUCUAUGAAACUCCUGGAGGAACCAUUCUUUUCACUGCUGCACGUGAACUGGAGUCGUUAACAUUGGAUAGAGAAACAAUGCAAGUUAAAGAUUCGCUUGCCCUGAAGUAUGCCGAGCUAGUGUAUGCAGGUAGGUGGUUUGACCCAUUGCGCGAGUCUAUGGACGCAUUCAUGGAAAAGAUCUCAGAGAAAACAACUGGUUCUGUGACUCUUAAGUUAUACAAAGGAUCUGUGUCGGUAACUAGUCGGACAAGCCCCUAUAGCCUGUACAGGCAAGAUAUCUCAUCCUUUGAGAGUGGGAAGAUAUAUGAUCAGGCUGAUGCAGCUGGCUUUAUACGGCUUUAUGGUCUUCCAAUGAAGGUUAGGGCAAUGCUUGAGAAUGGAAUCUGAUCUUUUUUUUCUUUCCCAUCUUAGUGUGAAUGAUGAUGGAGUUGGGGGCAUACUAUCGUGUUUCAAGUUAUUUCAAGUACAACUUUCUGUUUAUGCUCCAAACUUCUUCUCCCUUUUCUAUAUUAGUGUUCUAUAAUGAACUUAAUCAUAUGCAGCUUCAAUUCCACGA